GCGAGAGAGAAAGCAAGGGACAGAGAGAGCAGAUGGAAACACUGUAACUCAAGGCAACUCAGGGUACAGCAGCAACAGAAGCAGCGUUUCCUGCUAUGGAAUGAAGGGAGGCAAUCCUCUUCUUCGUAGUCGCCGAACGGGGCAGAAUAAGGCUGAACACACUCAUCUAAAAACCAACACUUGCUUUGCGGGAAGGAGAGCUUUUCGAGAUGCAAGGCAUCACCCCUGACAAUUUCCCAGAGCAUCCACAAAGGCUCAUACAGGUGACAAGUGUGUCCAACUUCGCUGCACCGCCUGCAUUGACGCGCUUCAGAGUGCGUUUCGUCCAGCGGCAGUGCGCUGCGUGAGACCCGCCGCUCUUGUUUUGACGUGACAUUUCGCUUGAGCUGCAGUGCAUAUGUGGCCACAUAUGACGCAUUUGCGCCAUCAGCUGUUUUGGACGCAUGGAGUGUUGCGUUUCCGGACAAGUGUUUGUGCUGAUUGGUAUGUUCGUCAUGUCCGCCUGGGUUAACUUGCGCGUUUCUCUGUAGAGUCUCACAGAGCCGCGCUCGGUGCAGAAGUUGGUUGGGAAUAAAAGAAAAGAGUGCGGAGGAAAAUAGAGGUGACAGCGGCGUUCUUGGGAUGUUGAGAGGUUGAAUUUACUAGCAGCAUCGUCAACAUAUAUCCGUGUGAGGAUCAGAAAACUGCGAAGGGACUGCUGCUGCAUCUACAUACUAACAGUUUUUGUAGAAGCCUGCCAGUGAAUUCCAGCUCCUGAAACCACAGCUGCGUAAACUUGGCCAGAUCUGGUGACAUUGUACCCUGUGUGUGUGUGUGGGUGUGUGUGUGUGUGUGUGUGUGUGUGCGCGCGAGCGCGCAUGCGUGUGUAUGUGUGUGCGUGUGUGUGUGCGCUGAGCAGCCUAGAUGGAUAUGCGGCUCUCCGAGGGAAUUUGAAAAGCAAGAGGGGAUUACUAUCAGCUCCUCUCUUCUAUUAUAACCUCAAAAUGGAUGCCGAGGACAGGCUGUGGAGACGCCACUGGAUUAGCCACUCUUCCGCUGAUCUGCUUGACAUCUAAGAGGCACAAGCGUUCAAAGUUUGGAUAAUCUAAAAGGCUGAAGGUGUAGGAUGCAGUCUGGAGUGAAGACGCUCUCCGCAGGUGGAGGUGCGUCACUCUGUUGCCUUCUGCUCCUCUGGCUCAUCUACUCCCAUCUGCUGAGAGAGGGCCAGUUGGCGGUGGGAACCUGCGAGAUAGUGAUGCUCAACAGAGACAGCAGCGUUCCCAGACGGACCAUCGCUAGGCAGACGGCCCGCUGCGCUUGCCGGAGAGGCCAAAUCGCUGGUACCACCAGGGCGAGACCAGCAUGUGUAGACGCGCGAAUUGUGCGGAGUCGUCAGUGGUGUGAGAUGGCUCCCUGCCUGGAGGGCGAGGUCUGCAGCCUCCUGUUCAACCGAUCCGGCUGGACUUGCACCAAGGGCAGUGGUCGCAUCAAGACUGUCACGCAGCCCUGGGCAGCUGGGGCAGAUUUCAUGCACGCAUUCCCAUCGUGCUCUAAUCUACCCCGACAGCACACUUAGCCUCUGCCCAAGGAGCCAUCAUAGGUUGCAUAGAAAACAACAAGUAUAUUCAUUGACAUCCAUGCUACAAAAGGAACUGAGGCCAGUCACUACACCACAACAUUGUAUCCAUAUACUUAUGACACUCCCAAACUUUACACCAGGUUUGACCUUCAGUAAAAAAUAAAUUAUAAUAAUCCAGAGCUUUUCCACCCACCACAGUGAACGACUCUUGGCAGACACUUCUGAGAACUCUGAGAAGUCUCAUGUGAACAGCAUGGUACACCAUUGGCAUUAAAUCUUUACCGCAGCCAAAUUUGUGGACACAUCAUCGAACAAAAUCCCUGUGAGGAACAUUUAUCAACAAGGCAGUGGAAUAUUCAUUGAAGUACAUUACCUUUUUUUGUCCUUGCAAUUCAACAUCACGUCUGCAGAGGAUGGCUCCUUGAAGAUUUAGACUUGUCAGAAGGUGUUUCAGAAGUCGGCCCCUUCAUCUUGUUUACUAUUACCGCUGGGAAGCCGUCGAGGGUUAUAUUACAGACAAGUUUCUUUAAUGACAGCUCCCUGCUAAAGAGUCAUGACUUUACAGAGGUUGAGAAAGGCUUUAUUGUCCAUUGGAUUCUUUCUCUCAUUUGGCCGGGUCAAAAUCUCUGCAUACACACACACUGGAAGGAACGUUGUGAAAAAGCAUGAAACUCUAUUGGAAUGUCCCAGAGACGACUCAAUGACUGAAGGUCAUGAGGGUAAAAUGUGGACAUUUUGGACGACUUACCUUAUAACUUAUGUUUUUUAUGUGGUGCCAACAUACAGUAGACUAGAAGAGUAGAUUUUGUCAAUGAACCUUACACAUCUUGUACACAUCACUGGGAGCAUUUAGCAGAAGGGGACCCCUCAUUUAAUGGUCUACACUUUGUUGGUGCGUGUGUGCAUGCGUGUGUGUGCGUGCAUCACGUGUGCGUACUUGCAUCUAUCCAUGUGUGAAUGUGUGUAUACAUGCUUGUGUGCCUGUAUGUUAGUGAGCGUGCACAUUCAGAUAUACACUGUGAAAUAACUCAUAUUCAAUGCAUUAUUCAUACUCUUGUAUAUUUUUUGGACACGCCCAGACCAGAGCUUAACAUCUGGCAAGAGAAGCAUUUGUGAUUUUACAGAUGUUGGAUCUCAUUUAAAUCUUUAUGGAUGAAUCCCGGCUUUGCCUUUUCUUUUCUUUUGUGUCUUGUAUUUAGUACAUAGAGAUAUUUAUAUUGGGGAAAUAUUAUUAAAACUGGGGACAGAUCUGCAGUAUGUCACAUAAGUUAAAUUCUGUAAUUAAAAUCAAUGCGUAAUUAAAUGUAUUCAGAAUCCUUGUCUAAAUUGACUAUACUUUGAUGUGAAAUGGUUUGGCCAGCUGGACAUGCUAUUUGAUAAUUUCCAACGCUUGAUAUAUUUGAAAUUGUGUAUUUAAUUAAUGUAUUUUAUGUUCUGUGUGUCUCAUUCCAAGAGGAAGUAAAGAAAAGGAGGAGCACAAGAGGCAUUCUUCUGAGAGAAGUACAAGAGGUGGACACAAUAACACGAAUACCAGUUACGAUAAUACCACAUAUUUCCAAAACAGAAAAUAUGAUCAAACACUUUCUAAAUACCACAACCUAAUAAGCUAUGGUCUGCAAGAUGAAUGAACAUCCUCAAGUCUACAAAAAUAACCUUCACAGAGGUAGUGUUUUUUGUAGGGCAAUUACAAUAGUUUGCACACUAUUGUAGAGGUGUUCCUGUUAAUAUGUCUACACCCUUUUUUCAUUUCUUUGUACUAAAAAAAUCUGUACAUCUCCAUCUUACUGUAUGCAUUUGAGUAUAUAAAGAGAGUGUCCGCUCCCAGGAGCUGCGGAGUGUGUAA